GGUUUCAAGUUUCCCGAGAAUUCCAAGUAGAAAAUUCAUAUUUUUCCCGGAAAAUGAUUGGCAAAAGGAGACCAUUAAAAGGUGUACGAUUCUCUUCGAGGGGUUCUUCGACAGGUUCGAACACCUUAGGAAGUGCUGCUACCGAUAGUCAAAGCACGGGAGAUGAAACUCCAACUCAGUCAGUUGAAGAAGUACCUGCAAGUCCGACUGAGGCUACUAAGGGUACUAAGAGAAAGCAAGGGCCUACAAACAUGAAAGAUAUAUGGAAUCUUCAACCUGAAACUCGUAUAGUAGUAGAAGCCAACCAAUAUGGCCAGCCUAUUGGGAAGGAAGCGUCCAAAUUGGCUGAAUUUCUCGGUACAAUUGCAAGGACUGGUUCUAUCUGUCCUUUGAAUACAAAACAAUUGAAACAUCUUUCUAAAUAUGUGUUGGAAAACAUAUUAAGAAUCGUUCAUGAAAAGUUUGAUCUCCAAGGUAAGGUGAAGGACUUUGACAUCCUUUCACAUGUUGGAAAACUCCAGAAGGAGUUUAAAUCGACUUUGAAAACUAGAUACUAUAAAGAGAUGGUCCAAGAAGGUCGAUCGAUUGAAGAAAUAUAUGAAAACAAUCCUUCUAGUGCGCAUGAUGAUCGAUGGAAGUGGCUAGUAGAGCGAUGUGGAACACCACAAGUUGUGGUUUGCACUUUUAUUAGAUUAAUUGUCUCAUUUUUCCUACUUCCACUUACAGUAUGAUCAAAGUAGAGGAUGUAUAAAUGCGUGAUUUGUUGAAUGAGGCAUAAUAAACUUAGCUUUCAUAUUACUCUCAUAUUUUUUCUCAUUAAUUUAAACAAUAGGCACAUUCAGAAAAGACGAAAGAAUCUCGAACAAAGGUGCGUUAUGCACAUACUGCUGGUUGUACAGGAUAUGCGACCCUCAAUGCACAGUUUUCUGAGAAGGAAGGCUGUGAACCUUCACGUUUGGAGCAGUUUAGAUUUCAAUAUUUGCGCAAAGAUGGGAGUGGCAAAUUGAGCAGUGAGGCAGUAGAACAAGUUUAUGAUGAAGCAUGCAAGAUGGUUGAAGACUCUAUGCCAAUACCUGAGAGUUCUUCCGCACCUCAAGAUAAUAUUGCAUUAGAAAACGAGGUCUAUACACAAGUGUUUGGCCCUGACAAGGAUGGAAAAAUGUUGGGAUAUGGACGUGGGAUGACCAAAUCUAGGUUGUUUGGCUAUGGGUCAGUUACCCAAGAAAGCCAAACUACAUCGGCCAUCACUACAUUGAUUGAAGAGAUGAGCGCAAAACAUGUCCAGCAAAUACAAACAAUUCAAGCCGAACAAGCAGUUCGAGAGAAAACUCUACUCGAGGAAGCAAAAUCUCGAUUUCGUAUGGAGGCUACAGAGCGAGAAGCUCAUUUGAUAGCUGAGGCAGAAGAAAGAUUUAUGAAAUUAACUGAAAUUCGAGAGGCAAAGUUCAUGAAAAUGAUGGAUGCUCGUGAGAAAAAGUAUAAGGCUCUCAUCGAUGAGUGUAUGGCAAAGGGAAUGUCAAGUAAGUCCAAGACUUUUCAUAAUAAGCAUAGUAAGGUGACUAUUUUAUAACUAGAUUGUCAAUAAGUUUGUUAAUGUUUUAAUAGAUAUUGCUUGUUGUAAUUGAAUGCUAUGUUCUUAUUUGAUGUCUUCAUUGCUUGCUCAACUAAUAA